AUGAUCCACAGCGACCCAGAAGUGCGGCUCAACAACCAGGCACUGCGUUCGGACACGUGGCCGGCUCUGGUGCCGUCCGCCGCCAGCGCUCGGGAGCCUCCGACCCCGGAGAGGCUCCUCGGAAACGGGACCAAUUCCACCGACUGCGGGGAGGACAUCCUCCUGUACGGCGACGUGGAGAAGGUCAUCAUCGGCAUCGUUCUGUCUGUAAUAACGCUGACCACGAUCGGAGGGAACUCUCUGGUCAUCAUCUCCGUGUGCAUCGUCAAGAAGCUCCGGCAGCCUUCCAACUACCUGGUGGUGUCGCUGGCGGCGGCCGACCUCUCGGUGGCCCUGGCCGUGAUGCCCUUCGUCAUCAUCACGGACCUCGUGGGGGGCGAGUGGCUCUUCGGCAAGGUCUUCUGCAACGUCUUCAUCGCCAUGGACGUGAUGUGCUGCACGGCAUCGAUCAUGAACCUCUGUCUCAUCAGCGUGGACAGGUACCUGGGCAUCACACGGCCCCUGACCUAUCCGGUUCGGCAAAACGGCAAACUCAUGGCCCAAAUGGUCUUCACCGUGUGGCUGCUUUCAGCCUCAAUCACGCUGCCGCCACUCUUCGGCUGGGCCACCAACGUUACCGUGGACAGGGUGUGUCUCAUCAGCCAGGAUCUGGGCUACACCGUCUACUCCACCGCCGUGGCCUUCUACAUUCCCACGGCCGUCAUGCUCAUCAUGUACUACCGCAUCUACCGGGCCGCCCAGGUGAGCGCCGCUCGCCACAAGAACAUGAGCUUCCCCCGGCAAUCGGCCCAGUUGGGGGUCUAUGGCGACGGGCAACCGGAGCAAUGGCCCGAACGCCGGCCGUCACGUCGAGACCGCAUCAUGGAGGAGCUGGCCACCCUCUCCCGCAAGCUGCGGCCUGACCGUCGGAACAUCUCCGUGUUCAAGCAGGAGCAGAAGGCGGCUCGCACCCUGGGCAUGAUCGUGGGAGCCUUCACCUUCUGCUGGCUGCCCUUCUUUGUGCUGUCGGCUGCCCGGCCCUUCAUCUGCGGGGUUACGUGCAGCUGCAUGCCCCUACGCUUGGAGCGCACGUUGCUCUGGCUCGGAUACACCAACUCGCUGCUCAACCCACUCAUCUACGCCUUCUUCAACCGCGACCUGAGGACUACAUUCUGGAACCUGCUUCGGUGCCGCUACCGCAACAUCAACCGCAGACUGUCUGCCGCGGGCAUGCAUGAGGCCCUCAAGGCCAAGGAGCGACUCGACCACAUCCUGUAACGGUUGCCAUCAUUCAGUACGAAACGCCUCGCGCCACUUCUCUUUACACUUUGACCGUGUACCUACAAAAGUUCUUAACAUUGAACUGAUUGACAGAUCUCACUAUGAUGUUACAAAGUGAUUUUUUUUUAAAUAAAUAUCUGCUUGUUUGUAAUUACAGUUAAAAUCAGUGAAAUUACUGUUUAACAGUAAUAGAAAAAGGGUUUCUGUGGCGUUACUGGGAUGCUGCACAGAUGCUGCUUGAAAGUAUGUGAACCCUUGUGUCCCUAAGUCUUACCACAAAAUAGUUCUUAAAUAAUAAUAGGUGUGUAAUGACCAAUUCCAUAAUGAUACUUUAGAGGAAAUAAGGUGUGCAGGAGAUAUACGCGAGUAGUGCAGGUAUAAAAAUAAGUGAAUCCAAGUUGUAUUAGUUAAACCCAGUAGAUAAGAA